AUAUCAUUAGAUACAUUAUUAGUUGAAAGGGUAAUCACAAAUGAACGCGUGUAUGACCAGAGACUUGGAAUUUUCAACCUCUAAUUGCCCGCAGUGCUUUAUGUUACAAAUACAGAAGCAACACAAAUUUCCAGAUUGGUGGUAUCUUUAACGUACAGCGCAAGUCCAUCCUUCCCAUUCUCCAUAAAACUAUCAUAUUGGUUCCUUGAUUUGCAGGCCAAAGAUAGAGGAACAACGAAGAUCAUGUGUUAUUCAAAUCGACUUUUAUUGCUCGGCAUCGUUCUCAGCUUACAUUUUGUUACUCCCACAGCUCAGUCGAUCUACUGUGAUUUAACUGGUAAUUACACCAGCAACAGUGCCUACAGGGCAAACCUCGUUGGCCUCCUGGCCUCCAUGUCUUCCAACACGAAGAUCGAUUACGGAUUUUACAAUUUCACCGCCGGAGAAAAUUCCGACAAAGUGAACGCGAUUGCACUUUGUAGGGGAGACUUUACGCCGGAUAAAUGUCGUAGUUGUAUCAAUUCGACAAGUCAAAGAAUCUUACAGUCUUGUCCCAACCAGAAGGAGGCAAUCUCUUUGGGUGGUGAUUGUACUGUCCGAUACUCAAACAGGUCUAUAUUUGGCGUUAUGGAAGAGAAUCCUAUGCUUGCUAUUUAUAACGUACAAAACAUAUCACUAACAGACCCAGAAGGGUUCACCAGCGUGCUAAGACCCCUGCUAGAUAGGCUAAUAAAUAGCACCGCACUUGGAAGUUCUACUCGCAAGUUCGCUCUGGGAAGCGAGGAUGCCCCAGACUCCCAAAAAAUCUAUGCACUUUUGCAGUGUACCCCUGAUUUGAACCCGGAGGACUGCAACAGCUGCCUGCUACGUUUGCGUGAUUAUAGGAGAGAAUGUUGUAAUGGUCAAAAGGUGGGAGGAGUAUUCGUAACACCAAGUUGUUAUUUAAGGUAUGAGAUAUACAGUUUCUAUGACCCUGCAGCUGAGUCACCACCUCCGUCGCCUCCGGCACCGCCUAUAGAGCAGCCAGUUCCCCCGGCCCCACCACUGCUUCCACCGACACAAGGUACGUAUGGAACUAAGAGAAACACUACAACUCGAACUGUCAUCGCUGUUGUGCCCACUCUUGUUGGUAUCAUACUGGUCAUCAGUAUUAUUUAUUUAUUUUUAAGAGUGAGGAAGCGCAAGGAUCAUUUUGAAAACAUGGAUGAAAUUGGAAACAUAGAAUCCUUGCAAUUCGAUUUCGACGUUAUUAGAGCUGCCACAUGCGACUUUUCUGAUGCAAAUAAGGUUGGAAAAGGUGGAUUUGGGCCCGUUUAUGAGGGUAAGCUCCCCAAUGGACAAGAGAUAGCAGUAAAAAGGCUAUCAAGAAACUCUGGACAAGGAAAUUUGGAAUUCAAGAAUGAGGUUGUAUUAGUGGCCAAGCUCCAACACCGUAAUCUAGUAAGGCUCCUUGGAUUUUGCUUAGAAGGGAAUGAACGACUUCUUGUGUAUGAGUUCGUACCUAACAACAGCCUUGAUCGCUACAUAUUUGAUCCCAAGAAGAGUGCAAAUCUAGAUUGGGAGAGUAGAUAUAAAAUUAUAAAAGGCAUUGCUCGAGGGCUUUUAUACCUUCAUGAGGAUUCUCGACUUCGGAUUAUUCAUCGUGAUCUCAAAGCUGCUAACGUUCUAUUAGAUAUAGAAAUGAAUCCUAAGAUUUCAGAUUUUGGCAUGGCAAGGAUGUGUGUACUGGAUCAGACUGAAGGCAGUACAAACAGAAUUGUGGGGACUUAUGGAUAUAUGGCACCAGAAUAUGCAAUGCUUGGGCAAUUCUCAAUCAAGUCAGAUGUCUUUAGUUUUGGUGUGCUGAUGCUGGAGAUUGUAAGUGGUCAAAAAAUUACAUCUUUCCGUGAAGGGGAGAAUAGAGAGUACCUUCUAAGCUAUGCUUGGAAAAACUGGAGUAAGGGGACAGCUGCAAAUCUCAUAGAUCUCACAUUAAGGAGUGGUCCAUUGAGCGAAAUGAUACGAUGUAUUCACAUUGGAUUGUUGUGUGUUCAAGCAAAUGUUGCUGACAGACUAGACAUGGCUUCAGUUGUUCUCAUGCUUAAUAGCAAUUCCAUUGCUCUCCCUUUGCCCACACAACCAGCAAGUUUUAUGCAAAAUGGGGUUCCAUUGGCAACAUCAAUGAAAUUGGACACUGAUUGCAGGCCAGUAAGUCAUAACGAGGUUUCGAUUACCGAGUUAGGUCCUAGGUAGUGUUUUGUGGAUGUGACCACGGUGUGCGUGUUUUUGUGCAAAUUUCACUUGCUAUUAUAUAUUUCAUUCGAUGCUCUAAGGUUGUAGUCUUCUCUGACUCUUGAUUCAAUAGCUAUGUUUCAUUUGAUUUGCUUGCACCCA